AUGGAGAGCUGCCCGGAAGCUGCCCUCUGGUUCCACUCCAAGGAGCAGGCUGUGCGCUUCUGCGAGCGGCAGGGGUGGCGCUAUGAGGUUGAGGCGGAGCAAGUGGGCAGCAUCAAGCGGCAGCGGCGCUUCGCCGGCUACGGAGACAACUUCACGGUCAAGCGCGGCGGCGUGCCAGACCUGACGCACCUGCCCUCCAACGCCGCCGCGAAGGGCGAGCCCGGGCCCGCGGCUGACCAGCAGGCGGGGCGGCCGGGGGCCGGCGGCGCGGCGGCCGCGGGGCGCGCGGCGGGCGGGGCUGCCGUGCGGGGCUGA